CUUGAAUUGAGCGCCAACCCAUACACGACACAACACGGCUGUCGCAUUGCUACCAAACGGACCAUGGCGCCCCCGAUACGUGCGCGCUCAAUCAAGUCAGACGCUUUCCACGAACACUUCAGGAAGCUCAAAACAUCAGUCUACCAAGACAGUCCCCGCCCAAACGCCGUAUCCACCUCGCACUACAUCCGCUCAAUAUCCUGGAAUGCGUCUGGUACAUUUAUUGCAACGGGUGCCGCGGACAGGACACUGCGCAUCUGGAACCCUGAAAAGACCAAUUCCAAGAACUCGACUGAGUUGCGCACGCCCAACACGACGGCCUCGCUAGAGCGCGUUUCCUUUCACCCAAUCAACGAGAACGAGCUGGCAAGCGCUACUUCAGAUGGCAUGGUCAGGUUCUGGGACAUACGGUCCAAAGCUAGCGUGGGUGAAGUCAAGGUUGGCGAGUGCCCGUUUACGCUGGCGUGGACACCAGAUGGCAACGGACUGGUCGCAGGAAGAAAGGAUAAUCUCCUCACCACCAUCGAUCGAUCGACGCUCAGCGUCGUCUCGGAGCACCAACAAGUCUACCAAACCAACCAAUGCGUCUUCGACUGGUCAGGCAACCACCUCUACUCGACAGUCGGCGACGGCAGUGUGCGACUCCUGAAAUACCCGUCGUUUGAGAAUACGCUCACACUCAAUGCUCACACCUCGGCAUGCUACGCCGUAUCACUAUCACCCAGCGGCGAGUAUCUGGCGGCUGGUGGCGGUGACGCGCUCAUCUCGCUCUGGGAUACACAGGAAUGGAUAUGCACACGCACGCUGGAAUUGACGGGCGGUAUCAUCAAGUCGGUCGACUUCUCCUUCGACGGCAGCUACGUCACUGCUGGCUCCGACGACAAAGAGGAGAAGAAGAUUCGUAUUGCGCACGUUCAUACUGGCGAGAUUGUACACACGAUUGAUGUUCCAACACCGGCAUUACAUGUCGCCUGGCAUCCAUGCCGGUACAUACUGGCGUAUUCGGCGGAAAACCUGGGAUUGAAGAUUAUACCUUCGGAUUACCACUACACCAUCUACGACUCUAUCAUCAUGGAUGUAACAACGCCAAUCAGGCCAGCCGAUCUCUUCUCAGCGAAAGGACUAGUAGUAAUCAUAACAGGCGGAGGCAGCGGUCUCGGUCUCGCCAUCGCAUCCGCCCUACACCAGAAUGGCGCUGAACGCGUAUACCUCCUCGGCCGGCGCGCCGACGUGCUCGACAACGCCGCCAACAACCUCCAAUCCAAUACACCGCGCACCUCGCAAAGCAGCAGCGGCUCCGUCCAUGGCAUCCCCUGCGACGUAACAGACCUGACCUCUGUCCGGGCCGCCGCCGAAACCAUAAAGAAGGACAUUGGCUAUGUCGACGUCCUGAUCAACAACGCGGGUGUCAUCGGACCCAAAAACGGCGCCGACAUCUACAAAGCAGAGUCGAUCCAACAACUCGCCGACACCAUGGUCGCCGGCUACGACGACUGGUCCCAAGCCAUGGCUAUCAACACGCAAUCCGUCAUCGGCGUCAGCGCUACCUUCCUCCCUCUCCUCGAAGCAGCAAACACACGCCGCGGAUGGGCUCCGGGCAAAGUAACAGGCACAGGCAAUGCGCGGGCGCGCGAUACUUCCGCCGCGGAGGCCAACGGCAUCGAUACCGACGACGACCGCAUGGCGCACAUCAUCACCGUCGCGUCAGUCGCGUCGUAUAUGCGCUGGAUAUCCGCGGGUCUGGCGUACAAUGCUAGUAAAGCGGCGGCUGCACACUUGGGCAAGAUGAUGGCAACGUUCUUGUCCGAGUGGGGUGUCAGGAGUAAUAUCGUUUGUCCAGGGCCUUAUCCGAGUGAGAUGACGGCUGGUAUACACCCGGUUUAUGGCACGAAUCAGAUUCCGCAGGGGAGGAUGGGCGGGAUUGGUGAUAUUAGCGGAUUGAUGCUUUUCUUGGUUGGUAAAGGUGGGGCCUAUGUCAAUGGGACUACGCAGCUUACUGAUGGUGGGAGGGUGGGCGUGUUUCCUGCUGUGUAUUAGGUUGGGUGUUGUUUGGGACGUUUGGGUUUGAGGUUCCCCCUGGGAUUUGUAUAGAUGGUCAUGGUGGAAACUUCACUCAGAUACAUGGCGUCUUCUGAGUGUCUUGUAUCAGCAUCCUGGAACAUGUUCGACUCGGCUUUUACCUGUUCCAGAUGAAUUUAUAGAUGAUCCGUCACUUCUUGUGCAAUAUCACAAAUGUACUCACAGAUUUAGAUUGAAUAGGAAAAUGCCGCUCACAC